AUGUCCAGAGAUAGCCAUUUUUCGUAUGUUCACAUGAAACAGCCGCAACAUAUCCUUUUCCAGGAAAAGUGGGAUAUUGAUAAGCUGCCGUUCGAUGACAUCGAAAUCAACUCUACGGCGUACCACGGUCAGGAUAAUAUUCUUCAGGAGUUUUUGGCGUCCGCAGAAGACCAUGACAGCGAUCUUAACAUAAUCAACGGCACAAAUCCAAUGUUCAACUCAUCCUACGCAAACAGAAUGCGCCAAAAACACAAGAAGCUAAACUGGAAAGACCUCGGGCUUGCCGAGUUGCUGUCUGAUAAGAAUCACGUUCACGACCAGACAAUUCUUGUCAGGCCCCAAUUCGGAGGUGCUGAGCCGCAAAUGGCCUCCGAAUCAUCUUCGGAUAGAAUAGAAGAGCCGUUAGAGGAUGCAAACAUAGCAGAAGCUGAGGAGCCGGACACAGAAGAGUUUGCUACACCUAUCAUUCCUAAUCGUACAAUUCAUCAAAAUCUAUAUUCUAGACAGCGCAAGCUUCGAAAGCCUUCGACAGAGUACCAAACGCCCCAAUCGCACGUCCGCAUCAUCAGAUAAUAGUCAGUGCUUGCAGUAUUCGCACUGAGCAAUGAUAUAGUCGACGGUCUUUUUCGAAAUGUACCAGUUUCGGCGAACAUGAUUGUAUGUUAAUAGGGGCGGCAAGCAGUCAAAAUGGAGGUGCGUAGCUAUCACGAUGUAUGGAAUGUCAAGGUAGUCGGGUAUCACCACGUUGGAAUCACGCAGGUACUGCACUGUCUUGGUUGAAGGGUCGUAUUUGAACCGCUGAUUGAUCCACCGUCUGGCGUUCGAGAUGGCCCGCAUCUGCUGCUGAUUCGGAAAUAUGUCCAUGUGAGAGAGCUUCUUCAACAGCGUCUUGGUGGCAACGACUUCCUGCGAAAUCAGAAUCUCGUACUCUGCUUGAGUCGGACCGUACAUCGAGAAACUUGAUUCGUCCUCCUCGUCCACGUCGUUCGAGCCGGAUUGUCUGGCCCACCUUGAAUAGAACUUUGCUUGGAUUUCCUCGUAUUUCGUCUGGAAAUCCUUCACCAUCUGCUUUAGUUUCUUAGGAUCGUACUUGAUCUCCUGCUUGAUCUGCUCCAAAUUUUCCACAGUCACGUAGCACGGCUGGUUUUCGUGCAUCACGGUAUCCACCACUUUUUCCUUCACCUCCUUCGCUUUCGGCGUCUGUUCUUCUUCGCCCCCGCGCCGAGUCCGUUUUCGCAAAGGCAGAUCCUCGGUAGGCGGCCUCUUGGCCGGUUCCGGUGUUUUUUCGUGCACUUCCAUCACUUCUUGCGGCUCCGGACUGCCUUCUACCAAAUGAGUGUGGAAAGCUCUUCUGAAGUCGUUGAAUCCGGUGACCAGCGCGUGGUAAUUGAACUUGAGGGUCUCGCAUUUGAGCCCGUACCCAUGCCAUUGGUAUCCUUCCAAAAUCUGCUUCAAGUUGAUUAUGAGCAGGGCCUCGUUGCUCAAAUUCUCGUCCUCCAUCACUGGCAUCCAAUACCGAAAGCUGAACGCCAGGUCGUCCGUGGUCUCCAGAGACAGCAUCAGGCAGAUAUUGCGCUUGAUCUCGUCCAAGUUGGUCUCUUUCAGCCGCCCAAUCUCGCGGGGCUUCGUGUCAAUUUGAUGUAUUUCGACAUAUUUGCUGUUAUGGAUUUUCACCCACACAAGAGUCCAUCUAUAUGGCAGCUUGAUAGCAUAUAUCAGUCCGCAUUGUCGUAAGUUGUCUUCAUAGCUUUGAAACACUUUCUUAUGGGCAGUAUUGAGCUUACUGUCCUCCCAUAGCAGCUUUACCACCACCUGGUAUGCUUGCGGAUCGUUCUUGUUGUACUUGCCAAAUCCAAGAUGAUGUCGGCUCAGGAACCGCAAGACCUCAUAAAAGUUGUCCUGGGUCUCGAUUAAUUCUUCGCCCGAAAUGAACUGGCGUGUUUGCUCUGGCUCCUCGGACCAGAUAACAAUC